AUGGACUGGACAACACUAAGCUUGUUCUACAUUGUUCUCUUGACUACCUCAACAUUACCUGGAUUGUGUGAACAAUGCCCGGACAAUUGCAUGGAGUGUGGUAAAGGAAAUAAAUGCAAUGUGUGCAAAUGGCUUUACGGAGGGGAUCGCUGUGAGAAAAAAUGCAUAGUGGGCUUUUAUUCAUUGGACAGCUGUGAUAAACCAUGUUAUUGCAAUGGCGUCAAUUUUGAAGAAGGAUGUGAUAUAGAAAGCGGAACGUGUCGAUGCAAGCAAGGCUGGUCAACCACAACAUGCAAUGAACGAGACACUAGUUUCUUAAAUACAACUGUGGGAGAAACCAGCACGUUAGGAAUGAUAAACAUAACAAGGGACCCUAUUGUUAACACCACAAUGAUCAGCCGAGAUAGACCUGUACCGUUAUUUGUUGUCGUGGCCUCGGUUAUAGGUGUGACUGUCUUCAUAGCUACGUUCUCCGUCUGCAUUGUGUGUUUAAUCAAGAAGGCACAUAGGAAAAUAAGUACUUUCGGGAAUGGAACAGAAAGUCAAAACGAUAUUAUAACAUCAAAAACAGACCGAUCAGAGUACAGCUAUGUAGAUGUUCCUGACAACUUCAACACCAGUUCUCAUACCCCAGACAAGACAGAGUCGAAUAAUCAGCAGGAAGGGACGAAAGCUCGGCGCAACCGUUCAGUGCCAGGAGGAACAUUUGUUUACGACACUGUAACAGAUGAGUUGAUACUAAUAGAUAAAUCAAGGAAAAAUCGUAAAAAGAAUCAUUCAAGAAAACGUGCUGAUGGACAAAAACAAAUUAAUCUGAAAAAUAAUAACCUUCAUGUCCACAUAAAUAAUCGAAGUAGAAAAAGGAAAAGUUCCGGAGAAGAUAAUAGUCGCUUUGAAUCGCAUCAAGGCGAUCCUUACGGAUAUAACAGUUUUAGUGAGUUAGCGAAGAAGCAGAAACCUGGCAUAGGCGAUGAUUCGAACUAUAGCCAUCUAGAGACAGCAAGGGGAAAUAAUGGUGAUUUAUAUAACACAUUCAGUGAUUUAGCAGAAGAAAGGGCAGACGAAAGAGUUAGCCCUGUUUUUGAAUACGCACAUCUUAGUUCGGUUUUUGAAGGAAAACCAGGGUCAUAUUCCUAUGUAGGUGUUAAGCCUAUAUGGACGGCUCAGCAGGAAGAUGUUGACGGAAAUUACCAUCACAUGGCAAAUAAUAUAUAACCUACAUAAAUUCAUAAAAUAUUCACCAUACCAGAUUUUUUAUAGAACAAGUAAGGAUUUUCACAAUUUGAACACAAUAAACCCUUUAUAAAAUUG